ACCAUCACCGCAACCAUGAGCAGCGAGGCCGAGACCCAGCAGCCGCCCGCCGCCCCCGCCCUCAGCGCCGCCGACACCAAGCCCGGCACUCCGGGCAGCGGCGCACGGAGCGGUGACCCGGGCGGCCUCCCAUCGGCGGCGCCUGCCGGCGGGGACAAGAAGGUCAUCGCAAGGAAGGUUUUGGGAACAGUAAAAUGGUUCAAUGUAAGGAACGGAUAUGGUUUCAUCAACAGGAAUGACACCAAGGAAGAUGCAUUUGUACACCAGACUGCCCUAAAGAAGAACCCCAGGAAGUACCUUCGCAGUGCAGGAGAUGGAGAGACUGUGGAGUUUGAUGCUGUUGAAGGAGAAAAGGGGGCGGAGGCAGGAAAUGUUACAGGUCCUGGUGGUCCAGUUCAAGGCAGUCAAUAUGCAGCAGACCGUAACCAUUACAGACGCUAUCCACGUCGUAGGGGUCCUCCACGCAACUACCAGCAACAUUACCAGAAGAGUGAGAGUGGGGAAAAGAACGAGGGAUCAGAGAGCGCUGCCGAAGGCCAGGCCCCCCCACCUGACUGCGUGCGGAGACCCUGUGGGCGUCGACCACAAUAUUCCAACCCUCCUGUGCAGGGAGAAGUGAUGGAGGGUGCUGACGACCAGGGUGCAGGAGAACAAGGGAGACCAGUGAGGCAGAAUAUGUACCGGGGAUACAGACCACGAUUCCGCAGGGGCCCUCCUCGCCAAAGACAGCCUAGGGGGGACAGCAAUGAAGAGGACAAAGAAAAUCAAGGAGAUGAGACCCAAGGUCAGCAGCCACCUCAACGUCGGGACCGCCGCGACUUCAGUUACCGACGCAGACGCCCAGAAAACCCUAAACCACAAGAUGGCAAAGAGACAAAAGCAGCCCAUCCACCAGCUGAGAAUUCGUCGGCUCCCGAGGCUGAGCAGGGCGGGGCUGAGUAAAU